AUGUUCACACGUUUCUUAGCAUCUUUGCGGCAGAUCAACGCCGUUGGGGCGGCGCGGCACGCGGCUUUUUUCACCUCGUGGCGGCAGGUCAGCCGUGAGACGGGAAAACGGCCGCCCUCGCGAUGCCCCUCGCAACAGAGGCAACAUCGUGUCGCGAGCGCGGCGAUAUUGUCCGACGUCCUGGCGAAGGAGACGAAGAGUGUGCUGACGCGUGCCGUUGCUCCGCCUCCGCCGGCGCUGUCGUCCCCGUUGGCGCCUUCACGAGGAACGCGAGGACGACGUCCGAGAAACUCGCGUGGUGAAAUCGAAACCGCCGGCAGCGCCGUGGAGGGGAAAAAGGAACAGGCGGGCAGAGAAGCCAUGGUGCCCGGGCACAAUGAGCAGGCGGCAUUGCAGGGCAUGAAGCCGAAGAAGACGUUGACAGGGGUGAAGAAGAAACAGAGGAAGGCGGCAGAAGGGGUUCAGCAGCUGAACAUCACGCCUGUGGCCUCCGGCAUAGAUAUGCGCAUCGAGACUAAAAAGGCGAAAGGAGUAGCCGUUGUUGCUGGAGAGGAUGAGGUGGCUGUGGACAAGGAGAGCGAGCAGUUUAUGCGACUUUUGGUGGAUGAGACGACGCGGCGGCAACAACAGCGGGGCGGGGUGGCCCCCGACCGCCAGGAGCACGAUACCAACCUCUGUGACGAGGAGGAGUACCUUGCGCAGCUGGAAGGGGUGCGCCGCAUCCACGCGGUCAAAGCUGCACCCGAGGAGGCAACUGCAGGGGAUAAGGCUACCGCGUCACUUUUGGAGGAUGCGGCGGAGGACGACGAUGCCGCCAACUGCGUCGACGAGCUCAGCGGGGAGCAACGCCGUGCGGUGGAGUUGGCGCUGCAGCGGCGCAACUUAUUUGUCACGGGUGGCGCUGGGACAGGCAAAUCGCUGGUUAUCCGUGAGAUUGUGCGGCGGAUGCGCCAAGACGGCAGCCGUUCGGUGUUUGUUACGGCCACAACAGGGGUGGCGGCGCUGAAUGUGCGUGGGUCGACCAUUAAUAGCUUCGCUGGCGUGAAGUUUGGCGCCGGUGCGGCGCAGGAUCUGUUGAAGUGGGUACGCCGCAACCGCCGCGCCGCGGGGAGGUGGAAGUACUGCCAGACCCUCAUCAUUGACGAAAUCUCCAUGAUGGAUCCCGAGCUGCUAGACAAGUUAGACUUCAUUGCCCGCGCGAUGCGCCGCCGUGUGGACGAGCCGUUUGGCGGAAUUCACAUCAUUCUUUGCGGAGACUUCCUGCAGCUCCCACCCAUUCCGCCCCGCCACGGCCAGUGGUCUCAAUCCCAGUGGCAGGGGGGAGACGCGACGGCGAGGAAUAGGGCUGACGCUGGUGAGGGGGAGGAGGCGGAAGCGGUGUUGCCGGUGCAGCCCACGAAGCGGUACUGUUUUGAAGGGGAGGCGUGGAGGGGGCUGGGGCUGACGACAGUGGUGCUGCGGCAGAAGUUCCGUCAGAACGAGGAUGCCAACUUCCAGCGCGUUCUCGACGACGUGCGCCUCGGGGUGCUCUCGGCGGAGACGCACGAGAUGCUCAUGUCCCGCGCUGUCACAGAAACGUCUAAAGCAAGGCCGCGGAGAGGCAGCUACCUCGCCGAGCCCCUGCAGAAUGCGACGACGAUGGCGGCUGGAGACAGGGAGAGGUAUGUGCGGCUAUGCGCCACAAACAAGGAGGUGGAGGCCCGCAACACCAAGUAUUUCGCUGCCUUGGAGCCGCGUGGGGUGGUUGGUUGCCCCAGGCCAACAGAUGCAAGUGACUCGUCUCACGCACCCUGGGCACAGGAGCGUUAUACUAGCAACACGAAUGACGAUGGGGAGGAUGGGACGUAUGAAGUGGAGAAGGAGGAAGAUGAUAUGCGUCCCCUGCAGGUUUACCGCGCAAACGACAUUUAUGAAGAGGACGAUGCCGCCGCCUCCGGCCUGCCGUCGUGGGUGAGGUUUGAAGACAGCACCCUACCCACGGAGCUCGAGCUGAAGGUGGGCACCCGUGUGAUGCUGCUGCAGAACAUUUCGCUUCGCUUGGGUCUGGUGAAUGGCUCAGUUGGGGAGGUCGUCGGCUUCCUGCACCCGCUUGAGCUUGUCGAGCUCGUCCUGCGGGCACCGCGUGAGCGACACCACAGCUCUGCCCGUGGGCAGGAGCUGCUAAGUCGUGGCGGGUUCCCCACCACCAACGAUGCCUUCCGUUGCGUGGAUACGUCACUGGGGCAGUCGCUUUUCUGGUCGCUACGUCAGCGCGGUCUGCGGCAGCCGACGGAGGUGAGUUACGGUAGCGUCUACGGCAAUGCCCACUACCGGGACGUGCAGAAGCUCGUCGGCAUCUCCACUCAGGCCUCCGUGCACCCGCUGGAGCUGUACCUUGGCGGGAUCCCGCCGCCGCAGCUGCGCCGCAGCCGACUGCCGGUGGUGAAGCUUGACCUGCAGCCGCAGCACCUCUCCCUUCGCUCGGACGCAGCAGCGAAGGUAAGCGAUGACGCGGGUCGUGGUGCGCGUCUUCCGCGGCACGUCUACGCGUUUGUGUCGCCCUACUCGCAUCGUUGGUACAUGGGCGAUCAGGUGGUCGCGACGCGCACGCAAAUUCCGCUGCGGCAAGCCUGGGCCAUGACGGUGCACAAGGCGCAGGGACUGACCAUCUCGCACGUGGAGGUUGCGAUGCACCGUUUUUUUUCACCUGGACAGGCGUACGUCGCAUUGAGCCGUGGCACGCAGCUGGAUAACAUUCGCCUGUUGAACUUCAAGGAAAACAGCAUCCGUGCGUGCCCUGUUGCAAAGAGCUUCUACGCCACUCUGGUGAACGCGGAGCAGGGCGUAGACGAGGCGUCGGACGAGACUGGCAUCUCCGUGAACUGA